AUGAGUAAAUUUACUGGUAAACUUAAAUUUAACAGUGCUUUUCUUUAUUGUAUAUUGCCAAGAUUUGUGGAUUUCAUUCAUUUUGUCAGUAUAAAUGCUGCAGAUAAUCCUUUAGGAAGUGCACCUGUUCUUAUUAAGAAUGGAGAAAUUGCUGUAGCUAUAAUUGAUUGGCUUCCAUCUUUAGAAUCACAUGAACUACAGUCGUUAUGUAUUGAUAGAUUAUUAAACAUAUGUAAGAUAGAUCUUCAUAGCAGAAUUAUUUGUUGUCAAAAUGAUAUUGUUUCUACCAUUUUGAAAUGCUUUACACAGCAUCAGAAACUUGCUUGCAAAACAAUUGGUUUAUUGUUGAAGUUGUUGGAAAUAUAUUUAUCCCAUUCUACAACACACAAAGAUUUAAAAGAAAUUUUGCUUUUACUUCGACCUGAAAUAGAUGGAAAACAAUUUGCAUAUGUUUUACCUUUUAUGCAUAUUCUGUCAUCUGUUGCAAAGAAGUUUACUCAUCAGGGACCAUCUUAUUUUUUUGAUUUUCAAGAUACUCACAAUGGUAUAACAAUUUCUGGAUUACGGAAGUGGCCUGGAAUGGGAUUUACCUUUCAUACUUGCUUAUGUUUGGAUAAGAUAGAGAAAGAAAGUCCUAGAAAGUAUAAAAGAAGACAAUUAUAUAGUUUUUUGAAUUCUUACGGCUCUGGAUUUGAAGCAUUUUUUACCGAAGAUUCCAUAAUGGUUGUAACAGCAAGUACCAAGAAAGAAUAUCAUGCUGCUGUAGUUACUGAUUGUUGUCUUGAUGAUGGUGCUUGGCAUUGUGUAACAAUUUGUCAUAUGCCUUCACGUCGUCCAUUUACUAAUAGUACAUUGGUGGUUACUAUUGACAAUAAACAAAAACUAACAGCUCAAUUAAAAUUUCCAUCUUUAAAUGAGCCUUUUACUUCUUGUAAUAUUGGAAGUGGAAUAAAAACAUGUGUGUCCCGUCGAAGAAACAGUGCCAGUGAUCCAGCAAAUGAAAACAAAUCAUACAGUUUUUCAAGUUUAGGUGGUGCUACUAUUGGCCAUUUGUCAAAUCUUCUUGACAAAGAAAAAUUAUUAUCAUUAGCUCCUAAUCUUACUUUAUCACAGCAAUUAAAAAACAUGCUUCAGAGUACACCUGAUCCUGCUGUACAGUCAUGCCCAUUUGGUUCUCAGGAUACUAUAUGGGGAUCAUCAGAUUCUUUAAAAGGACAAAUGAUGUCUGUCUGUGUUUUUUCUGAGGCUCUUUUACCUGCUCAGGUGAAAGCACUACAAUUAUAUGAUCAAAAUAAUUCAUCAUUUUUUACUGAUGACAGUUCUGAAAUGGUGGAUAUCUCUAACAAACUUGUUCUGUAUUAUAAUGCAAAAGCUUCUGCAAAUGGUAUUUGUACAGAUUUAUCAUCAAAUCAGAUAUAUGAAGGAAAAGUUUCUGGAAAUGUUUGUGCUGUAUCAAGCAUAAAGGAUGCAAUUAAUACUUGUGGUGGGAUAUCAGCACUUUUACCAUUGUUAGAAAAUGCCAGCCGUCCUAUAUCACAGGGUCACUCAGUUUUUGCUGAUUUAAUUCCUCAAGAUAGCAUAGAAGAAGUUAGUGAAGAAUGGGUGGUUCUUCCCAAUAGUUCAUAUUCAGAUUGGCAUUUAUGUCAGAAUCAAGUAUCAGGAUUUCUUCUUUUGAUAUUGCAUCUAAUUGAAAAUAAUGUUGUAAAUCAAGAACAACUUCUUGGUAAAAGUGGAAUUCCAACAAUUGGCACUCUUAUGCAAAGGGUGCCAGCAUCAUUAAUAGAUGUUAAUGUACUUAUGGCAGUUCAGCUUCUGGUAGAAGGAACAUCUAGUUGUGAAAAAGCAGCUGAUCUUCUUCGUGCUAUUCAUCAAUACAUAUUAUUUGAUUUUAGAAUUUGGAGCAAAGGUGCUUUUGCUGUGAGAAUUGUCUAA